GGAGUGAGGAGGAGCGGACGGUUCGGGAGGCGGGAGGAGAUUGUGAGCACAGGGUCGGAAUGGAAACCGCGGCUGGACUGCGAACUGGAUCAACUUCUGGGGGUAUUUGAAGAGGAAGAUUUACAGGCAGGAAACUCAAACUAAACUUCACGUCAAGAUCUGACAGAGCCACAUGCUUCAUCAUGACCUAAAUAUCAUUGGCUUUUGACUGUGGAAAGAUAAAUAUUUCCCUGUUCUGUCUGUGGAAGAAGAUUUCAAAAUUCAGUACGAGUAAAAAAGCACCAAGAGACACACAUAUACCUGCAUGAGAGUGUUCCAGGCACUGACUGUGAAAAGAGCUUUAACCAGUUAUCUUGCCUGAAAAACCAUCACACCAUUCAGAGUGGGGAGAAACCAUACAUGUGUUCUGUCUGUGGUCGAGGCUUCAACUGAUUGUCCAACCUGGAGAGACACAAGGACACCGGCACCAUGGAGAAACCGUGGAAAUGUGGGGACUGUGGGAAAGGAUUCAAUUAUCCAUCCCGACUGGAAAUCCAUAAACGCAAUCACAUUGGGGCUGGCAUGAUGGAGAAACCGUGGAAAUGUGAGGAAUGUGGGAAAGGAUUCAAUUAUCCAUACCUGCUGGAAAUCCAUCGACGCAGUCACACUGGGGAGAAGCCAUUCACAUGCUCUGAGUGUGGGAAGGGAUUCACUUUGUCAUCCCACCUGCUGUCACACCAAAGUAUUCACACUGAGGAGAGACCUUUCAGCUGCACUUACUGUGAAAAGAAGUUCUCGUGUUCAUCCAACCUCAACGCACAUCAGCGAGUUCAUACUGGGGAGAGAUCAUUCAGCUGCUCCUUGUGUGGUAAGGAUUUCGCUGGGCCGUCCGGUCUUUGGUCACACCAGCGAAUUCACACAGGGGAGAAGCCGUUCACCUGUUCUGUGUGUGGGAAGAGAUUUACUCUUUCAUCUAACCUGCUGUCACACCAGCGAGUUCAUACUGAGGAGAGACCAUUCAGCUGCACUUACUGUGGAAAGAGAUUCAGGUCUUCAUCCAACCUCAACGCACACAAGCGAGUUCACACGGGGGAGAGGCCAUUCACCUGCACUGUGUGUGGGAAGGAUUUCACAAAUUCAUCCAGCCUUCUGUCACACCAGCGAAUUCACACUGAGGAUAAGCCAUUCAGCUGUACUCACUGUGGAAAGAGUUUCAGGCAGUUAUCAAUUCUCACUGCUCACCAACGCACUCACACUGGAGAGAGACCAUUCACCUGCUCCGUGUGUGGGAAGGGAUUCACUCAGUCAGGCAGCCUGCAUUUACACAAACUCACUCACACUGGGGAGAGGCCGUUCAUCUGCUCUGAGUGUGGGAAGGGAUACACUCGAUCAUCCCAUCUGCUAACACACCAGCAAGUUCACAAGUAUCUGCAGGGGUUGGAUUCUGGUGUUAUUGCUCCUGUUAAUAACACCCAGGACUGAUAGUCUGACAAUAUUGGGUUUGUUUCUGCUGAUGGUAACAACCCCUAUAAUUAGCUGGAGUUUAAUAUUCUGGACCUGUUGCUGAUUUUCAGGGCUGCGGUGUCCCUUUUCAAAAGCACCACCUGUGAUAUUUCAUUUUAAUUCAAGAACUUUCAACUGGAACUUGUUUAUAAUAACUCUAUGAACUUUUACUUCAAUCCUAAAUUGAUUUUUGGUACAAAAUCUAUGAUUCAGUAUCUGAAAAGUUCCACUGA